GCCCCCUCACCGUCAGACCUAGCCAAUGGGAAGGCAGCUCUGGCCGCCGGCGGAGGUUGCCGCGGUAACGGGGCUGUGGGAUCGGCGCGAGCUGCGCUGGCCGCCGGGGCCAUGGAGCUCAGCCUGGCUCGCGUCGACUACCUGCAGGUGGGAGUGACAGCUCAGAAGACCAUGAGGCUGCUUCCCGCCUCGGGCCGGAGGGCGACGCAGAAGGUCGUUGUUGGAGAUCAAGAUGGGGUCAUUACAUGUUUCGGCAUAAAAAAAGGGGAAGCUGUGCCCGUGUUCAAGACACUGCCAGGCCAAAAAAUUGCAAGAUUGGAGCUGGGAGGAGCUCUUAAUACACCACAAGAGAAAAUUUUUGUGGCUACAGGAUCAGAAGUUAGAGGUUUCACGAAAAGAGGGAAGCAAUUUCUUUCAUUUGAAACUAACCUCACUGAAAGCAUCAAAGCUAUGCAUAUUUCAGGAGCAGAUCUCUUCCUCUGUGCAAGCUAUAUCUAUAACCAUUACUGCGACUGCAAAGACCAGCACUACUUCCUAUCCGGAGAUAAAAUCAAUGAUGUUCUCUGCCUUCCUGUAGAUAAAGUGAAUUGCAUUACACCGGUGCUUGCAUGUCAGGAUAGAGUCCUCAGAGUUUUACAGGGAUCUGAUUUACUGUAUGAAGUAGAAGUUCCUGGACCACCUACUGUUCUUGCUUUAAACAGUGGAAAUGGGGGUGAUUCUGGGGAAGAAAUUGUGUUUGGAACUUCUGAUGGUAAACUGGGUCUUGUCCAGAUUACUGGUUCCAAGCCUAUACCUAAGUGGGAAAUUGGAAAUGAAAAAAAGCGAGGAGGUAUCUUAUGUAUUGAUAGUUUUGACAUUACGGGAGAUGGAGUUAAAGAAUUACUCAUUGGACGAGAUGAUGGAGUACUGGAAAUCUAUAGUUUUGAGAGUGCAGAUGAUCCUGUCCUUCGAUAUGAUCAUGCUUUAUCUGAGAGCAUUGCAUCAGUCCAGGGUGGCUGUGUAGGAAAAGACGGGUAUGAUGAAAUUUUAGCAUCCACGUACUCAGGCUGGCUGACAGGACUGACUACAGAACCUGUCCAUAGAGAAGGUGGAUCAGCUGAAGAACUAAAAUUAAGUCAAGAAAUGCAGAGCAAGAUUUCGUCCUUAAGGAAUGAAUUGGAACACUUACAGAUUAAAGUACUUCAGGAACGUGAAAAAUACCAGCAGUCUUCUCAGUCCAGUACUGCUGUUUCAUCAGUACCUGCGUUUAGUGUGAAUGACAAGUUUACAUUAAAUAAGGAUGAUGCCAGCUACAGCCUCAUCUUGGAGGUGCAGACAGCUAUAGAUAUUGUCCUGGUACAGAGUGAUGUCCCGUUAGACUUGCUGGAUGUGGAUAAAAAUUCUGCUGUUGUUAGUUUUAGCAGCUGUGACUCUGAGCCAAAUAGCAACUUUCUUCUUGCAACUUAUCGAUGCCAAGCAAAUACUACGAGACUUGAGCUUAAGGUUCGAUCAAUUGAAGGACAGUAUGGGACGCUUCAAGCAUAUGUAACACCAAGAAUUCAACCAAAAACCUGCCAAGUUCAUCAAUAUCAAAUUAAACCACUUUCACUACAUCAGAGAACUCAUUCUAUUGACCAUGACAGGCCCAUGAAUACACUGACGCUCAAAGGCCAGUUCAGUUUUGCUGAAAUUCACUCCUGGGUUGUGUUUUGCUUGCCCGAAGUGCCUGAAAAGACUCCCGCUGGAGAGAGUAUCACCUUUUAUUUUCACAACACCUUCCUGGGUACACAGCUUGAAAGUACUUACAGAAAAGGUGAGGGAUGUUUUAAGUCUGACAACAUUUCUACAAUAUCUAUCCUAAAAGAUGUGCUUUCCAAAGAGGCUACUAAAAGGAAGAUUAAUCUCAACAUAUCAUAUGAUGUAAACGAAGAAUCUGUGAGGCACACAUUAAAGCUUAUCCACCCCAAAUUAGAGUAUCAGCAGCUGUUGGCCAAGAAGGUUCACUUAAUAGAUGCUUUGAGAGAAUUACAAGUUCAUGAAGGAAACGUGGACUUCUUGCUACCAAAAUACCGCAGCAUUCUGGAAGAGGCAGAUCAGCUGCUUGAGGAAUACAAGAAACAACCUGCACAUCUCGAGAGACUUUAUGGUAUGAUCACAGAUCUCUUCAUAGAUAAAUUUAAAUUUAAAGGCACCAAUGUGAAAACAAAAGUUCCUCUUCUUCUGGAAAUUCUGGAUGGCUGUGAUCAAGAUGGACUAAUCGCUUUUUUUGAGUCUGCAGCCUGACAAGGAAAAAGCAAAGUAAUGUUUCUUUUAUCUUUCCUCUCCUCUCUCCCCUUUCCUUUCCCCUUUCCCUUUUCCCCUUUCCUUUUCCUAUCAAGGCUGUUCAAUAUCAAGUCCAAAAGACACAUUUUAAGAAAAACACUAUUUUAAUCUUCUGCUGUACUGUCAGCUCUUUUUAUUCAUAUUUAUUAAGAUACUGAGUACAGCAGUCAAUUUUAGUUCAUAUAAGCUGUUACUUGUGUUAAAUCAGUGAGGUUUCUAUAUACACAAUGUUCUUCAUAGCUGAAGAAAACUUCAGUAUAAAUACCAAAUACCUGUUAAAGGCUACAUGCACUAGUCUUUGUUGUGUCAUUGUAAAAAUGUACGAAGACACUUAUUUUCAGAGACUUAACCGGGUUUAGAAGAAAAUGAGGUGUUAAACUGCGCAGAACUCUGAUCUUGGGUGCGCUGGAAAGCGGUACCAGGCGCUCACGGGGCUGGGGGAGCUGCUGUGUGCAGGCGGGGAGAACUAUAUGUGGAUUUUAAACUAAAGACGGCUACUUUGAAAGCUACAAAUUAACUCUUGUAGAGAGAGCGUUUGGCAUUAAACUUCCUCUGUGCUUCUCA